GCGCCUAAAAAACCUAGCACUCUCCGCCGCCACUUCUACCUCCGGCUUCCACAAGGCGAAACCCUAGCACCCGAGUCCCUCCCUCCCCAGCUCCCCUACUCCCACAAACCAUGGCGGCGGCGGAUGUGGCGUACGCGCCGCCGAUGAAGUCGGGCAAGGCCGGGUUCGAGGCGGGCCUGAUGGAUCCGCAGCACAGGAUCCGCAUCACGCUCUCCUCCAGGAGCGUCAAGAACCUCGAGAAAGUCUGCGGCGAUCUGGUGAAGGGUGCCAAGGGCAAGGAUCUGAAGAUCAAGGGCCCCGUGCGGAUGCCUACCAAGGUGCUCCACAUCACCACCAGGAAGUCUCCCUGUGGCGAAGGUACCAACACCUGGGAUCGCUUUGAGAUGAGGAUUCACAAGAGGGUGAUUGAUCUCAUCAGUACACCAGACGUGGUCAAGCAGAUCACCUCGAUCACCAUUGAACCAGGUGUGGAGGUUGAGGUGACUAUCAGCGACGCAUAAUGUGGUAGUCUGCACCUUAUCAUAUAAUGAUGAACAGGAUGUUUUCAGUUUCUAGUGAGAGAACUUGGUGUAACAGAGGAAUUCCCUCCUGAUCGAUAAGCUUUUUGCAUCAGAGUUAAGUCUUAUCGAGGUUUUGUGGCACGAUAUGGAUGUAGCCUGUUUCAAUGGAUGUUAGUGCAUGAAUGGAAAAUGGUUAAUGGAUGAUCCCCCUAAUGCAUUGCUUUUCAUCACGUGAUAAA